AUGCCAAGCAUCGCAAUGAAUUCACAGGCCACCGCUGCGCCCGGCCUUGCCGGCGCCGCUGGGCCUCGAGGCCCAUGGGCCCCCCCGGCGCAGCACGCCGCCCUGGCGCUCCAUGGAGGAGCGCGGCCGCGGGCUGCCGGCCUGCUGCAGGAGAGAGCUGCUCCUCCCGCGGCCGGCCGUGGCCGCGGCCGCCUCCGCGUGGGCUGCCGGCCGUCGCUCACCGAGCGGCCUCCCAGGCCGACGCGCCUGCGGCCAGCCUGCUGCGGCUGCUCCCUCCGCCGAGGACCGACCUCGACUGCCUCUUCACCGUCCGCCGCAUCAUCCGGCUGGGCUUGGAGGCGCCCAGCGAGGCUGAAGCGGCACCUGUCCAGCUGCGGCCCGGCCAAGCAGGUGCUCAUGGCGCACUCCACCGUCCACGCGAGAGGGGAGCAGCCGCUUUAUCCGCGCCGCCGCCCCAGCAGCCUGGGCUUUGUGCACAUGGUCACGCCCGCAGGCGCGCGCCGCGCCCUCGCCCUCGGCGAGGGGCAGACGGUGGAUAACUGCGCCGUCUCCGUGCAGCGCUUCGAGCGCCGGCAGAAGGAGACCUUACAAGCAGGAAGAAGAGGGCGACCACGCGGAGCAGGGCCAGGCCGCCGACGGGGGCUGAGCCCCUCCGCAUCGCAGCCUGUCCGCGCACCUGGGCAUGAGCGACAGCUGGGCGCGCCAGCAGAGCGCCCUGUCCACCAGGGUCCUUUAUGCCACGGGCGGCCGCUCCGCGCAUGGGCUCCGGCGGCCCGGGCCCGCCUCCGAUAUAUAGGAGGGCUCGCCGCACGGUGGCGGAUUUUGCUGAACGAGUGUGGUCGGCUUUGCGACCACGUCGCAGCGAUUGGCUGCAGCAAUGCGUGGGCGUUUGGCUGCACGGUGCGCACAAGCACGCCCUUGUGCAGCGAUGAGCGGAAAGUCUGCACAAGUGACAGCCAGCGGGCUUUGGGUCGUUCCACUCCGGGGACUGCGCGGUCGGCCAGCGGCUGCAACGUUCUGCUGCGAGUAGAGCAGUUCCUGGCGCAGGCCAAAACGUCUUGA